AUGAUUAGUGGACGAGGAGGUUCCAUGAUGCGGAGUGGUCGCAUUCGGCCUCCUCGAAGGCCUGUGGUUCAAUCCAGUAACGUCGAUGAAUUCGAGGUGUGUUGGGAGAAGCUUCGCGAUGCCCUACAUGCUAUACAUACCCGUAACGCCGGUGACCUUUCCUUCGAGCAGCUAUACCGGUACUCAUAUAAGAUCGUUCUUAAGAAGGCGGGCAAUAAACUUUACGAUCGCGUUAAGGACUUCGAGGAAAAAUGGUUUGCCGACGAAAUACUACCCCCUAUUGAGGGUCUCAUUACCGAAAAUUUAGUCUCCACUACACUUGAAGCCGUUCCCGGUUCAAGCACGGUCGAACGCCGUGCUAUGGGUGAAAAGUUCUUGAAAGGAGUCCGAAGCUCGUGGGAAAACCACAACAUGUCUAUGAAUAUGAUCGCAGACAUUCUUAUGUACCUUGAACGUGGUUGCAUUCAGGAUCAUACUAGGCCUUCGAUCUAUACUACCACCAUCGGUCUAUUCCGCGAUCAUAUCCUAAAAAUGGGACUAUCGAACGGACCCGGAUGUUUCGUCUACGAAAUCCUCAACGCCACAAUAAUCGACCAAAUAAAUAUGGAAAGAGAAGGAGACGUCAUCGACAAGGCAUUAUUGCGCAGUUGCGUCUCUAUGCUAGAAGAUCUUUUUGAGACAGAUGAAGAGAAUCAGCAGGAACAAUUAUAUCUGACUCUCUUCGAGCCUAAAUACCUUGAUUCCAGUCGAAAAUUCUAUAAGGCCGAGUGCGAUAAACUCGUUCGAGAAGGUGAUGCAAGUGCGUGGCUUCGAUAUACGCAGAGACGACUCAACGAGGAGGUCGAGCGAUGUCAGACCACGGUUUCACCAUUCUCCCUACACAACAUCACACGUGUACUUGAAGAAGAACUCAUCGCCAAGCAUAUAGGGGACUUCUUCAGCAUGGAAGGCAGCGGUAUAAAGGCUAUGAUCGAUAAUGAUAGAACCGAAGAUCUCACAAUCCUUUAUCAACUCGUCUCCCGCAUUGACUCCAAGAGAGUAGUUCUGCGUAACGCUGUUUCCUCCCGAAUAAUCGAACUGGGAAUUGAAAUAGAAAAGACACUCAACAACACCGACUUCAGCAUAGCCCAGCAACCCGAUGCGGAAGAGGCGGCCGCUGAUGGGGCAGAAAAGUCAAAGUCAAAGGCUUUGGGUGCCGCGGCUCAACAAACUGCAGCGGCUAUCCAGUGGGUUGAUGAUGUGUUGCGUCUCAAGGACAAGUUUGACCGAGUCUGGAGGACCUGUUUCGAUGAGGAUCUUAUUUUACAGACUGCGUUGACAAAGAGUUUUUCCGAUUUUAUUAACUCAUUCGACCGAUGUUCGGAAUAUUUGUCACUUUUCAUUGACAGCAACCUUAAACGAGGCAUCAAGGGCAAGACCGAAGCCGAGGUAGAUAGUGUCCUCGAAAAAGCAAUAACUCUCCUUCGCUAUCUUAGUGACAAGGACAUGUUCGAGACAUACUAUCAGAAGCAUCUAGCACGUCGCCUAUUAUAUGCUAAAUCCGAGAGCCAAGAAGUCGAACAGGAUAUGAUUUCACGAAUGAAAGGGGCGCUAGGAAAUAACUUUACGCGUAAAUUCGAGGGUAUGUUUAGGGAUAUGAGUACUUCCAAGGAGACAACCGAACAAUAUCGAGAUCAUAUUCGUGGUCUUGGCGAAGUUGAUGACAAGCGUAUCGAUCUAACCAUAAAUGUCCUUGGUGGCAACACUUGGCCUAAGAACAUUUCGGCUCAAACAUCUUGGGCCGAAGAUGGAUCGAGACCUAAGAUUAUCUAUCCACAUGAGAUUCGGGCACUUCAAGACAGCUUCUUCAAGUUUUACAGCAUCAAUCGCAACGGGCGUGUGCUGACUUGGCUGGGGAACAUGGGCGCAGCAGAUGUUAAAUGCGUGUUUCCCAAGAUUCCUGGCAAGACUUCCGGUCCGCUCAGCAAGGAGCGUCGCUACGAAAUACACGUGACGACCUAUGGCAUGAUAGUACUUUUGCUAUUCAAUGAUCUCGCUGAAGAUGAAUGGCUAUCAUUCGAGGAAAUUGAGAAACGGACAAAUAUUCCUCACCAAGACCUUGUUAACGUGUUGACCUCCCUUGCGGUACUCAAACCAUGCCGUGUUCUUCUCAAGGAAUCCCAGACGAAAGAACUCGUGAAAACUACUGACAGGUUCACGUUCAACCGCGAGUUUGUAAGCAAGGCUAUCAAGAUUAAAGCCCCUACAGUGAAUUCUGGCAAUAGGGUUGAGAACGAUGAGGAGCGUAAAGAGACAGACAAAAAUAAUGAGGAAACGAGGAUGUACGUCACGGACGCCGCCAUCGUCCGUAUCAUGAAGCAACGCAAGGAGCUUGCUCAUUCCCAACUCAUUACUGAGGUUAUCCAAGUCUUGGCGAGUCGGUUUAAGCCCGAUGUGUCGCUUAUCAAGAAACGAAUUGAGGCGUUAAUAAAUCGCGAUUACCUCGAGCGAACAGAACUAGCUGAUGGCUCACCGGCCUAUAAAUAUGUAGCUUAA